UAGAGAAAAAAAGAGACAGAGAGAGAGAGAGAACCGCUUCCCAGUCGGUUCAUCUCAAAAACCAAAAAAAAAGAAAAAAAAAAAAUCCACCGGGAAUGGCGAGCCUCGACCCAAAACCCGCUGCCUCCAGCAUCCCGCCGCCCAACGACGUGCCCAACGCCUCUCCAACCGACAGUCCCAACGGCGGCUCUCUCAACGGCAAUGGCGAUACCAUCAGCGGCGGCGGCGCCGGGCAGGACACCAGCAGCAGCAUCACCAGCAGCAUGAACAUCCUCUCCAGCGCUUCACCCACGCCUGCGCCCUCCAACCCGGGCAUCCUCCCGCCUGCGUCGACGGCAAUCCUCAGCUUCAACAACACGGCCAACUUUGGCAACAGCAUUGCCGGCCGUGUCUUUUACACCGACAUGCGGACAAAGCCCUUCUCCUGGACGUACGACUCCUCCAACACGAAGCUGCUGGACAUCUUCUGGUAUGGCAAGAACAACACCGGCGAGCCCUUCAACACGUCUCAGGCGACCGUCAUUGCCUCUGCCGAGUUUGAUGGUCCUACAGCUCUCGAGUUCUCCAAGCUCACCGCCUUGAACGCAGUCCUCAACCUCACAGCCCCCCAUGUAAGGAACUGGUACGAAAAAGAAAUGGUCAUCAAGAUCGAAUGGAGAAACCAAGACGAAGAACAAGGCUUCUCGCAGUCCGGCGUCUUUACCGUCGCCGAGAAAAGCGAUCCUACCUUUAGCGCAGAGGACUUUGGCCGCAACGCAACCCGGGCCGAGCAGGACAGGCAGGGCUUCGAAUCAAUCACCUCCCAGGGCAACCAGAGCACCGCAGCGCCCACUGAUGUCGGCAGACCUUCUGGCGGCGGCGGCGGCCUCAGCACAGGCGCCAUAGCCGGCAUCGCCGUGGCUUGUUCAGUCGUAGGCAUCGCCCUCAUCGCCGGCCUGGUCUGGUUCCUCCUCCGUCGUCGAAGACGCUCCGUGGGCGAGGGCUACAAGGCCACCCGCCAAACCACAAACUCCUUCACUGCCGUCAAGGAGGCCCGGCCCUCCGUCGCCGAGUCGCCCAUUGUAUCGCCCUUCUCCGACGACGGCGAGGCCCGCGGCUUUUCCAGCUCCAACAUUGCCAUUGCCCUGCCGCAGCGGAGCACGACAACCACCAGAGCGGUGUCUGCACCCAAUGGCGAGAGCAGGACAGAUCGUACAGAGUCUGCUGCGUCGGGCAACAGGCCGCGUGGCAUUGCCCACCUUGUCGAGGAGGGUAUGACGGAGGCUGAUAUCCUGCGGCUGGAAGAGGAAGAGCGACACUUAGAUGCCGAGAUUGAGCGUGCAGCCCGAAGAGGCUCUUCUUAAAACCCUGACUCGCCAACAACAAGAGAGAAGAGACUUGGUGAAACUAGACAGACCGUUGUGAUCU